AUGACGCUCGCGGUGGACGCGGUGGACGCGUUCGUGCGCGCGCGCGGAACGCCGCGCGCGGACGACUGCGCGACGACGCUCGCGAAACCGACGGGAAAGACGCUGGAACUGCUGGCGGAGGCGCGGCGGUUGCUCGAGCUGGAGCGACGCGCGGGAGGGGCGCUGGCGGUGGAUGCGGAGACGCCGUCGCGAGCGACGUCGCACGGCGCGGGGUACGUGCUGUCGAAGGAGGUGGACGACGUCGUGGUCGGGCUGCAGACGACGCGCGCGCUCACGCGGACGAUGAAGCCGUUGGGAGGGUUGCGCGUGGUGGAGAAGGCGCUGGGCGAGCGCGGCGCGACGAUGAAGGAGGACGCGAAGAAGUUUUUUGACGAUUGGGUCACGACGCACAACGACGCGGUUUUCGACUUGUACACGGAUGAAAUGCGAUCGGCGAGGAAGGCGCAUCUCUUGCUCGGGCUCCCGGACGCGUACGGACGAGGGCGCUUGAUCGGGGAUUAUCGCCGCGUGGCGCUGUUCGGCGUCGAUCGGUUGAUCGCGGAGAAGCAAAUCGACAAAGAUGCCAUCGCGACGAGCGACGAGGAGGACUUGCGCGCACGAUUUGAGGUGUCGGAGCAAAUUCGCGCGUUGGAGCGGCUCAAGGCGAUGGCAAAAAUGUACGGUUUCGACAUCGGCGCCGCCGCGCGCGAUUGCAAAGAAGCGGUUCAGUGGACGUACUUUGCCUACCUCGCGUGCGUGAAGGAACACGACGGCGCGGCGAUUUCUCUCGGUCGAGUCGACGCUUUUUUUGAUGUGUACAUCGAGCGCGACAUGAAGGCUGGUUUCAUCGACGAAUCGGGCGCGCAGGAACUCAUAGACAAUUUUGUGCUCAAGCUGAGACUCGUUCGGCAUCUUCGACCGGAGGCGUACGACGACAUUUUCGCCGGCGAUCCCAUCUGGGCCACGUGUUGCGUGGGUGGCAUGCAGAUGAACGGCACCGACACGUUGGUGACGAAGACUUCUUGGAGGUUUCUACAAACGCUACGCAACAUGGGCGCGGCGCCGGAACCAAACAUGACGGUUUUGUGGAGCGAAUCGUUGCCGAAGCCGUUUAAAGAAUUCGCGGCGGCGAUCAGCAUCGAGUCGAGCUCAAUUCAGUUCAUCUCCGACGACUUACUGCGGGAAAAGUUUCAAUCGAGCGACGUCGGUAUCAGUUGUUGCGUGUCGGGAAUGCAGUUGGGGCAUACCAUGCAAUAUUUCGGCGCGCGAUGCAAUCUACCCAAGCUUCUUCUCUACGCGCUGAACGGCGGUCGCGACGAAAUCACCGGCGCCCGCGUCGCGCCCGCGCUUUUCGACGACGAAGUUCCUGAAGGUGUUUUACAAUACGAUGACGUGAUGAAGCGUUUUACGGCGUACAUGGACUGGCUCGCCAAGCUUUACGUGGAGACGAUGAACUGCAUCCACUACUCGCAUGAUCGAUUCAACUACGAGGCCUUGUUUUUCGCGCUCAUGGACACCGAUUGCAAGCGGAUGAUGGCGUUCGGCAUCGCUGGGUUGAGCGUUGUGGCCGACUCUCUCAGCGCCAUCAAGCACGCAAAAGUCAAGAUGAUUCGCGACGAAAAGUCGGGAUUAUCCACUCGGUUCGAGGUCGAUGGCGAUUGGCCCGCGUUUGGCAACGACGACGAUGAGGUUGACACCAUCGCCGCCAGUGUUGUGGAAACGUUCAUCUCGAGUUUACGAAAGACGCCAGCGUAUAGAGGAUCCGAGCACACGCUUUCGAUUCUGACGAUUACGUCCAACGUCAUGUACGGGAAACAUACUGGCGCGACGCCGGAUUUGCGAAAACUCGGUGAACCGUUCGCGCCGGGCGCGAAUCCGAUGCACAAUCGCGACAAGACGGGUGCUUUGAAUUCACUCAAUUCUGUGGCAAAGAUCCCGUACGCGAGUUGCAUGGAUGGCAUCAGCAACACGUUCUCCAUCACCGCGCCAUCGCUCGGCAAGACGGACGGGACUCGAGUCUCGAACUUGACUGCGUUGCUGGAUGGCUACUUCUCACACGGCGCUCAACAUUUGAACGUUAACUGUAUCGAUAGAUCGGUACUGUUAGACGCCAUGGCGCAUCCAGACAACUAUCCCACCCUCACCAUUCGCGUGAGCGGGUAUGCGGUGAAUUUCAUCAAACUCUCGCGAGCACAUCAAGAGGAAGUCAUCGCUCGUACUUUUCACGCUUCGCUUUAG